UUGGACUUAGAGCAACUGAUUUGGAAAGUCUCCGAAAAAGAACGGGUAAAAGUUGCUCAGAAUUGAAUGCAAAAGGAAAUCGAGUAGAAAGUUACUCAAAGGAAAAAAAGGCUCGCAACAUGGAUAGAAACUUUUUUCUUUUUACGUACUGCGGGUGCAGUCGCCGUAUGUAAGGGUCCUUUCUGGAAAUAAACCAAUCACAGCCCCGCUAUCAUUUUCUUGCAGGCCAAUCCAUCAAGCCGGCAAGCUACGCUGUGAUUGGUGCAGCGUAUUUAACUAGGCGCUGAUUGGUCCAAGUGAAUACUACAGCAAAUCGGUAGAAAGCUUCAAGGAAACGGGGACGGGGAACGUUGCGUGACUUCGGGCAGAGGAGACUAUCCGACUCCCCAUGUUGCUGAUGGGUGUUAACCAAGGUCUUUCCUAACAUCAGUUCGUCUGUAUCUUGCUUGUCAGUACUUGUUUGGCGAAGUGCUUCGGGAACUUCUAAACAGUGAGUACCUAUGACCUUUUCUGUCCGAGUUCAUGUGCAGUCUAAAAGGAAACGAAACAGACUUAGUAGGGUAAAGUUGAGCGAUGGAUUCAGUGACCCUUGAAGACACAUCACUUUCCUUUCUGUUUAUUGACAUGAUCUACAGUUCAAAACUUGAAGACAAAGUGAGCAGUUCGUGUCGCUUAGGGUUUGCCACUACAAUUUCAUCAGAUUUCAUUGGCAUGUAGAGAUUGAGAGGAACAUAAUUAAUGUUAAAAAAGCACAAUUGGGAUGCUUAAAAGGUCUUUAAAGUUGGUUUCGAUCGAAUACUCUGACUAAUGCACUUAAAGUUCUCAUUCAUAGUCUAAGAUAUUUUUUUCUUAGCACUUUUGGUUCUCUGAAAAUAUGUGUACUCUGCUUGCAGUAAGUCAGAGCAAGCCCUUGUGAGUAUGAAUCCCUGUUUCCUUGCCUCAGAAGAUCUGUACUGUAACUUACGGACCAAGUAUCUCACCCUUGUGCGAAGCACAUGGAACAGUAAAUUAUGCAACAUUUUCAGCAGUCCAUAUUGUAGAAAUUAUACAGCAAACCAAAUUGACCAAUCAUGAUGCCGGUAUAUAUUAUGUGCAGCAGGGGUUUCAUAAAUGUUUUCAACAGGAGGGCAAUUGGUUUUCAGAGGCGAGCAGAAUGUUUUUAACUGAAUGUCUAUAAGACAAACUUUCCUUUAGAAUAUUAAGAGCAUGGUAAAACCAGGUGGGCAAAAAUAUCAUCUUUACAGCUAGUCUGAGUCAAUUUGCCUGGUGCCAGGCCCCUAAUGCAAGCCCUGGUGCUGUAAUGGAGGGAUACUGUAAUACAAAAUAUAAUAGUCUGCAUUCAAGUGAAUCAGGGCAUAACAUUUUAAUUUGUUUUAACAGGCAUCUGGAAAAGGCGAUUGCAAGUGAAUAUGGCCUCUGCAGUAGAGUACACUAAAGAGCAACUGAACUACUACAGGCUUUGUUAUGUUAUGACUGACAUCCUAGCUGAUGGUCUGCGAUCAAUCUUCAAACAGGAAUGGGACAAUCGCUACGAGGGCACGAAGGGAGAAUGGAAAGACGAGCCCAGAAAUGGACUGGACUUCUGGAAUGGGGAAUCUCCUGAUAACAAACAUAAACAUGCACAUCUUCUGACCACCAUGAUAAAUGGAAGUAGAGCAGAAUGGAAUUGCACCAUGCUGUUUUAUGCCAUCCUUUCCUCUGACUGUAUCCACAGUCUGAUUCCAGCAAUCCAAUCAAAUGUGGAAGGUCUCCAAAAGCUCAGAAAAGAAGCAUUUACAGAGAUGCCACAAGACCAGCUCACUGAUGCAGAGUUUGAAAAUGCCAUCAGCAAAGUUGAUGUUGCCUUCCAAGCACUCGGUCUGCCGACUGAGAAAAUUCAAGCAAUCAAAAAUCAGACAAGUUUUGGUAAGGAGGAAUUAAGAGAUGUCUUGAAAAAGGCUGCUAACUUUAAGCAGAACAAAACUCAGGUUGAUGAGGCUACUGUGUACAGUGACCUGGGUAGUGUACACAAUCGCUUGAGUGACCUGGACAAAGCAAAAGAGUGUUAUGAUCUUGCCCUGGCCAUUCGUCUAGAAAAACUCUUACCAGAGCAUGUUGAUGUGGCAACUACUUACAAUAAGCUGGGCAGGGUGCACCUUCUCCUGGGUGACCUUCAGCAGGCAAAAGAGUAUUUUGAUCGUGCAUUGGCGAUUGGUCUGAAAAAGCUUGGGGCUGAGCAUGGUGAUCUUGUAACCACUUACAAUAACCUUGGAGAUGUUCACAUUGAGCUGGGUGAAUUGGAGCAGGCAAAAGGUUAUUAUGAUCAUGCACUGGCCAUUGCUUUGAAGGACGGAGUGGAACAUGGCAAUGUUGCAGUGACCUACAAUAAUCUGGGAAAUUUGUACAGUGACUUGGGUGAGCUGGAAAAGGCAAAAGAGCAUCUUGAUCGUGCACUGGCCAUUCGUCUGAAAAUGCAAGGCCCUGAAGAUGUCACUGUCGCAAGUUCUUUCAGCUGCCUUGGUAAUGUAUACCUUCAGUUGGGUGACCUGAGGCAGGCAAAGAUGUAUCAAGAUCGUGCACUAGCCAUACGCCUGAAGAAGCAAGGCCCUGAACAUCUUGAUGUGGCAAUGACUCUAAAUAACCUUGGUAAUGUGUACGAAAACGCUGGUGGCCAAGAGCAGGCGAGAGAGUACUUCAACCGCGCUCUUCCCAUACUCCUGAAAAAGCUGGGACCUGAGCAUGUUUAUGUCGCAGCUACUUACAACAAUCUGGGUAAUGCUCACAUGAGCCUGGGUGAUCUGGAGCAGGCAAAAAAGUACUAUGAUCUUGCAUUGGCCAUUCGUCUGAAAAAGUUUGGUCCUGAACACAUUAAUGUUGCAAAUAGUUACAACAACCUGGGUACUAUACACAGAGCCCUAGGUAACAUGAAGCAAGUGAAAGAGUAUUGUAAUCUUGCCUUGGCCAUCCGUUUGAAAAAGCAGGGGCCUGAGCACGUUGAUGUCGCAUCUACUUACAACAAUCUGGGCAAUUUACACAAGGAUCUUGGUGACCUGGAGCAAGCCAAAGAGUACUAUGACCAUGCACUUGCCAUUCGUCUGAAAAAGUUCGGGGCUGAACAUAGGGAUGUUGCAACUACUUACAAUAACCUUGGCAAUGUACACCUCCACAUGGGUCACCUGCAGGAGGCAAAAGAUCAUUACAAUCGUGCACUGGCCAUUAGUAUGAAGGAACUUGGUUCUGAGCAUUUUGAGAUUGCAGUAAUGCACAGUAACCUGGGCGUUGUGCACACAGACCUUGGUGACCUGGAGCAGGCCAAAAUGUGUUACGACAAUGCACUUGCCAUUCUUCUGAAGAAGCUUGGACCAGACCACUCAGCUGUCAAGACAGUUCAGUACAACAUAGCCGAGCUUGAACAGAAGCAGCAGAAGUAAAUAUUUGUAGCCUUUUCUUAGCACUGGAUGGGAAAAUUUUAAGUGUUCAGAACACCAGAAAUUGGCCUUAAAGGUGAAGGUAAAUGUAGGUUAGUAUUAAAAAGGUUUUUAGCAGCAACUUGAUUCAGUGAUUUGGUUUCCCAAAGGUUUUUAAUGCAAUAGCAUUUUAAUUAAAGUUAAGUUUGAGUUUAACUUCAAUUUUUUUUAAUUGUAACUUUCAAUUCAAACUAAGAAAUGUAUGUUUACAUUUAGGCUGCACUUGAGUUAAAUGUGCUAAAAGAGUAACAUGCUAGGAGACAUAUACACUCAAUAUACUACUAGACACAAAGAAAAUUAAGCAAUUCACAAGAUGAAAAAUAUACAUAGAGGGGGGGGGGGGGGAGAAAAGUGACUAGAAGAUGCUAGUUACUGGGCUAAAAAGAUACAUAUUGAAAGAAAAAACCGAAUGGUUUUGAAUUAUUAAGUCCUCUUGAAAGAAAAAUCAAGGAAAAAUUGUUUACCAAAUAUACACCGUCGUAUAAUAUUUUUAUAAUCUAGGUUUAUCCUUACAUUUAAGUGAGUAAUAAACCUGUUAAUCAAGAUUAUUUACAGAUAAUGGAAGUGCCAAGCCAAGCCCAUGUGUAUAAGCUGUAUGCCAUGUAUAACCUCAUCAGUGCAAUUCUAGCUAGCAAGCAUGUGUACGUGAUUGUAGAAUUAUUUGCUUUACCCAACCCACCCUCCCAAGGGUGUUAUCGAGCGCACAGCGGUCUAGGCAAUAAGACCCACAGAACCCCCAAGAGAGUUGAACAUUGUGUAUUUACCAGCAAAACAGUGUAGUAGUUACUGAAAAGAAUCAAAGCUGUCAAAUAUAGUCUUAUUGUCAGUCUCAGCUAAAUAAACCUCUGAAAUGAAGCUAUAAUA